UACACCCAUGGGCACAAUCUACUCUGCUUUGUUGAAGCUCUUUACUCAGUCACGGAUGUGAAACUAAUGCAUAUUUGUUGAUUCAGAUCAGAUUUCUCCCAUGAAUCAUGCUAUUAAGCUUUGCACGGAAAGGGCAAGGUGCCAAGUUGUGUUGUGCUGUGGCAGCGAGCAGAGAGGCUAGAAGCAGCCACACAGCCCAGGCUCAGCAGACCUCCCGAAGAAGAGAGGACUCACAGGGCCAGAAGAGCAAGGAUGUCGGGGGGCGAUUUCUGCAGCGUCCUGGUGACUGGUGCAAACCGGGGCAUCGGGCUGGAAAUGGUGAAGCAGCUCCUGGGGCGGCCAAAGCCCCCGCAGUGGGUCUUUGCCACUUGCCGGGACCCACAGGGAGAAAAAGCCAAGGCACUGAAAACUCUGGCUUCCAAUCAUCCCAGCCUGGUGAUCCUGCAGUUUGAAUCCACAGACGAAGCAAGCAUCCAGGCCCUUGCAAAGGAAGUCACGGCCCGCCUGGCUGGGGGCGGCCUGAAUCUGCUGAUCAACAAUGCCGGCGUCAUGCCACCAAGCACCCUGGCGUCGGUGACGGAGGAGGACAUGAUGAGCAUCUACCACAUCAACGUGAUUGGGCCGAUGCUGCUGGCCAAGGCAUGUCUCCCCCUUCUGAGGGCAGCUGCAGAGAAGAGCAGCAGGAAGGGACUGAGCUGCAGCAGGGCGGCUGUGAUCAACAUCACCUCAAUUGGUGGCUCCAUCGGCAACCCUCCCAGCAUGAACAUGUUCCCAGUCAUCGCUUACCGCUGCAGCAAGGCGGCCCUGAAUAUGCUCACGCGGUGCCAGGCAUUGGAGUACAACUGUUAUGGCAUUCUGUGUGCUGCAAUCCAUCCAGGCUGGGUGAAAACGGACUUGGGGACCAACAAGGCGGAGCUGACCGUGGAGGAGAGUGUGCGUGGAAUCCUCAGCGUACUUUCUGGCCUCUCCGAAGAGCAAAAUGGCCGCGUGGUGGAUUGGCGGGGGGAACCGGUGCCCUGGUGAACAGCCCCAAAGAGGCCCAGCAGCGGAAGCAGGCCCGGCUAGCCUGAGAAUGAAACAUAGAUCUACUUUAAAUUUUUUUAUAAAAUUAUUAUUUUUUGCAGUCAGCCUAAGAAAUGUAAAACUGAUUGAUGACUAAAUUGUUUUGGGUUGGCUUUCUAAUAAAGUCAGUGCUUUGGAAAAAAA